AUGUCAAACCAGAAGAUUUUGCCCAGUGAGGGGAAUUUUCAACAAAAUGAAAAGCUUGGGUCUGGUCUAAACUUACCGAUCUCAUUCUAUCAAUGGAACACUUCAAUGAAAUCCUUAUACCCUGAACUAUCACUGAUCCCGUUAAAGUCACCAACAGAGACUGAGCAAAGAAUAAAGGGAAUCAGAGAGAAACCAGACCCGCUGACCCCACCCAGAUCUUUCACCCGCAUGAACACCACCCCUAGUGCUGCACACAGCACAGCCUGUUCUCCACAGUGGGCGGGGGGGGGGGGGCAGUUAGACAUCCUAACGGAGGUGAGGGGCCCCUUGGGAUACAGGAAGGAAAUUGGUGGUGAUUCCCUGAGGCUGGGAUCUGGGAUGUGCUCCCCAUCUCAAAAAGCAGGCACGACAUGAAUGGAGGCAGACUUCAACAACAGCACCUACCUUGUCAGCUUCAGUCUGUUCUGGGAAGGCCUGGUCUCCAUCUCCCUGAUCAUCCACCCCAGUGAAGGAGUAUUCUGGAAGGCAAGGAGCCAAGGCUACGACAGGGUUAUUUUCAAUGGUAAAUUUGUUAAUGGAACUACUCAUGUCUUCAUUGAAUUUGGCCUGACCCCAAACUCACAUGAGCUGUGGGAGUACUUGUAUACCCAAGACCAAGAAGCCUUCUACUACCUGAAACCUCAGCACACACACUGUGAGGCUCUGACUCACAGGGCCACCAGGAAUUGAGAAAUGUCUUAUCUUGCUGUGAAGGAAAAAAGCCUUUUUGUACACAUCAAUAUACUUUUAGAUACCCGGGAAGUUCUAAUAAUCAUUGCCUUCAAGUUAAAAUUUUAUUUUUUUAUAAACUUUUUUCAUCUUCCUGGAACUGGAAUUUUUGAGAAGCAUUUAUUCUUGGGUGCAGAAAGACACAUUCAGAUUCAGUGGAAAAAAUAUAGGUACUCUUUUGUCACCCUUCAGCUCUACUCUGGAAUAGAUAAGGGUUAUAUUCCUCAGGAAACUGAUGGGAUAUCAGAUGACAAAAGCACAGCCAUCGUCAUCACACGUGGCCAACACUUCAGGCCCUUCCCCAUUGACAUUUUCAUUUGCAGGGCCAUGAAUGCCCGAGAAGCUAUUACACUACUAUUCCUAAGAAGCCCAGCCACUAAAGUGAUCUUUAAGACAGAAAACAGGAAGAUGCACAUACACACAGUCAGGUUUGGAAACUUCCGUGGUUACAUUCAAUAUCGUACCAAGGACAUUUUCAAAGAUCUCGGUGUGUAUGUCACUGAUGCCUGGGACAUGACUAUUACACAAGGCACUAAUAGUGUCUACCUACAUGACUAUGUAAUUAGAAAUCAGAUCAACAUGUUUUUAAACUCCAUUUGCUAA